AAGUUUACCUCAGAUUGUAGUUGACUAGAAAAAGCUAACAAUGGUGUAUGAUUUAGCCUUCUUCUGCACAUCUUUGGCAGUUGGGAUUUUAACACUUUAUAGCAUACUAAAGAGAGCAAAUGGGUGGUAUUAUACAAUCAAAUUUAGUUCAAAGAAAUGUCACAUCCCUCCUGGUGAUAUGGGCUGGCCAUAUGUUGGCAACACACUUUUUUACUUCACAAGUUCCCUAAGUGGUGGUCCAGACUCAUUCUUAUCUUACUUUUUAACUAGGUUUGGCCCGGGAGGAAUGUACAAGGGAUACAUAUUUGGGAAGCCAAGUAUUAUUGUCACAAAGCCCGAAAUAACUAGGAAAAUCUUGAUGGAUGAAGAAAAUCUUGAUAGAGGUAUGCCUAAUUAUAUGAAAAAGCUAGUGGGAAUAACAACUUCAAUCGAAGAAGACAAGCGUAUUCGUCGAUUAACAGCUUCAAUAAAAAGCCACGGAUUUUUAUCCGACACCUAUUUUGAUUUUAUGAAUGAAGUUGUGAAAACAUCGUUCGAGAAAUGGGCUGCCAUGGAAGAGCCCAUUGAGUUCUUAUCUGAGAUGAAAAAGCCUACAUUUGAGGUGUUUAUGAGAAUUCUUGUAGGUGGUGAGGUUGAUCAAGAAUUAUUUGAUGCUGUGUUCAAGGAGAAUAAUUGCAUAAUUAGUGGUGUUUGCAGCUUGCCCAUUAAUAUCCCCGGAUUUGCUUACAACAGGGCAAUCAAGGCUCGAAGAGCAAUAGCUAAGAUACUUCAACAGAUACUGGUAGAAAGAAGAAAAGCCAUGAUAGCAAAGGAUUAUAAAGCAAUGCCAAAGUCCAAUAUAAUUGAUAUGUUGCUAGAUGAUGAUGAUGAUGAUGAAGGCAAAGGAUUAAGUGAUGCGAAGAUCAUUAGGAUGCUAGUGUUGUUUUCAUUUGCUGGUUAUGAACCUGUUGCUCUGAUGGCUACAAAGGCAAUUAUGUUUUUGGAAAAACAUCCCGAGUUCUUACAGAAAGCAAAAGAGGAGCAAGAGGAUAUAGUUAAGAGAAGAUCAUCUUCAAAUGUUGGCCUUAGUUUUGACGAGAUUAGGCAAAUGAAGUAUCUUAGUAAGGUAAUUAAUGAAACACUGCGUAUUGCUAGCAACCAGACAGUAUUCCUUAAAGACACAAAUACUCCUUAUAACAUAAAUGGGUACACCAUACCCAAGGGAUGGAAGUUUUUUGCAUUGGCAUGGACUAUUCAUAUGGAUCCUGAUAUUUAUGUUAAACCUGAGGAAUUUAAUCCUUCAAGAUGGGAUGAUCUUGAAACUAAGCCAGGCUCCUUUCUUCCUUUUUCAAUGGGCCCCAGAGCGUGCCCAGGAUCCAAUUUGGCCAGGCUUGAGAUUUCAGUAAUUCUUCAUUACUUUCUUCUUUACUACAGGCUUGAGCAGGUUAAUCCAGAGAUUAAAACUUAUCCUCCUGAAAAUUGUCUUGUGAGAUUUAAGGAGCUCUCAGUCAAGUGAGAUUGUAAUUAAUUUCAAUCUUCAACUCA